AUGCUGGUGCUGCUCUUUGAGGCUCUGAGCGGGAAGCCGGUGGGAGACGGGAAGCCGCUCACGCACAAGCUGGAGGUGGUGCAGGUGGCGCUGGAUGCCAGUGGCGGUGGUGGCGGUGGUGGUGGCGGUGGUGGCGGUGGUGGUGGCGCUGAGCGGCUGCUGGCGCUGCUGGACGGGGCGCAGGACGUGUUUGUGGUGCACACGCGCGGCGCCAGGGAGGGGAGGCCGCCCGUCAAGAUCGGUGGCUCGGUGCAGUGCGUGGCGUGGCACGGCACCGCCCCGGUGCUGUGCGGCGUCGGUGACGGCCGCCUCUCCCUGUGGCUGUGCCCGGCGGCCGCCUUCGCCGACCCGGCCCUGUCGCCCGCCACCGUGAGGCACCGCGACGCGCCGGAGCUGGGCAAGUCUCCGCGCGUGCUCUCGUUUCUGGGUGCGUGCGUGAGCGUGCGCCGAGCUGACGGGGCGCUGCUGUGCGUGCCGGUGUCGCCGUACCCCGGCGCUCUGCACGGCCUCGUCGCCGCUCAGCGCUGGGACCACGCCCUGCGCCUGUGCCGCUUUGUCAAGGACCCGGCGCUGUGGGCCUGCCUGGCCGCGCUGGCCGUGCGCUGCCGGGAGCUCGAGACGGCGGAAGCCGCGUACGCCGCCAUUGGGGAGGUGGACCGCGUGGCGUACGUGAGGGCGACCCGGGAGCUACCGGUGCCGGAGAGCCGCUGGGCGGCGCUGGCGCUGCUCAGCGGAGACGUCCACCAGGCCGAGGGCUUACUGCUGCAGGCAGGCCUCACGUACCGGGCGAUACGCACACACAUUGACCUCCACAGCUGGGACAGGGCUCUGGAGCUGGCCGUGAAGCACAAGACCCACGUGGACUCAGUGCUCGCCUUCCGCCAGCGCCACCUGCAGCAGCUGCAGCAGCAGCGCCAGGGGCAGCAGCAGCAGCAGCAGCGGCAGGCGGUGGCGGUGGUGGAGACACGUCCACGCUUUCUGCAGUAUGCACGCCAGGUGGAGGUGGACUGGGAGAAGGUGGAGGCCAAGAUCGAGCUGGAGCUGCAGAAGGAGCGGGAGAGGGGGGGGGCGACGACGACGACGACGACGGUGACGACGCAGGGAGCCAGGGGGGGGCACGCGGUGCAAAGAUAGCGCGGAGCCGUGGUGGGGGGCAC